AUGCUUGCAACUGCCACAGCUAAUACCGACAUUACAACGCCUGUGCCUCAGGGCGGCGCUUCCCUAAUGAUUGCAUUUCGUUGCCAUAGAAAGAAUGUGCUAGUCGUUGGCCAUGAUGAAAUCGCAGCUAGUCGUGUUUUAUCUGUCUUGGAGGCUGAUGCUCAAGUGACAGUAGUGGGCCCUCUCGAUCGCAUGUGCAGGGAGUUGACAUACAGAAUCCAAAACAACCAAGUCGAAUGGGCAGGAGAGGUGUUUGAAGAAGAGCAGCUCAUCGGUAAUCACCUUGUCUUUGUGUCUCGCUCUGAUGAUAUCGGUUUGUGCCAAUACAUCUCACACGCAUGCUGUGCUCGUCGUAUCCCUAUCAAUGUUGCCAACCAAAAGGAAUUGUCUGAUUUCGACAUGACGUGUUCCUAUAGAGAUCAGUCGCUGCAAGUUGCUGUUUCCACCAACGGUAUGUCCUCUGUCAAUCUAGCGAACCGCAUCCUCCAAAGCAAGAUUUCAUCCACAUUAGAGCCCUCGCUGGGUGAAGCAGUCAAGAACGCAGGUCUCUUGCGCAAAGGAGCCGAGGCAUUGGAUCCUGGAUCCAGCUCAAGUCUGCGUCGAUACCAAUGGCUUACUCACAUUUGCGACACCAAAUCAUUAGAGGAAAUGUCAGCAUUGACUGCAACUGACAUUAGUGAACUGCUUGUUUCCUAUUCAAAACAGAUAGAAGAUGGCAUCCACCAUCUUUAA